ACGAUUUCCCAUUCUCAAAAAAUAUAAUAAUAUGCUCACAGAAUUUUAUAGUAUUUUUGGGCCAAUAUAUUAUAAAUAAGCAUCAAAAAUUAUUCUUUCUUCCACGAUAAUGACAAAACAUUAAAAUAGGGAAUGACGCAAUUGGCUAAUGCAUUGGUCUGUCAAGGUCAGUGACACACAAGGGUCUGUGACGCUCUUCCAAAUGGCCCCACAUUCACUGUGCUGGCAUAAAUACUGCAGCAGGGGCCAGGGGAUACAGAAGCCCGUCACCCAGCACAUCUUCCCUGCUCCUUGAGCCCGAAUUUGGAGCCACCCCUACGGCAGAAUGACACGCCUGCAGCUUGCACAUCUGUGCUGCCUUGUCUUGUGGGGACUCACUGCCAGUCGAGGUAACCCACUGACCAGUCAGUGUGUGGACGAGUCAUUCUGCCUGGAAAGCCUGGAGGAGCUACACUUACCACACAUUACCAUGGCCAAUAGCAUCAAUGAGAGGAGCAUCGCACCCUGGACGUAUGUAGAAAGAAUUGAUUUACACAGAGUGCCUGCAAUCAUCCAUGAAGCCAAGUGUCUCACAAGCCAUUCCUGCACUGGUGUGGAAGGCUACUCCAGCUUAGAAACCAUACCCAUCUCCAUAAAAAUGCCUGUACUGAAAAAAAACAGAAAAUGCCCUUUCUUUUCCCUCGAGUUUGAAACCGUUAGUAUAGCCUGUCUAUGUGCUACCUCCAGGCAGUCCUAAUCUUGUUACAUAACUCAGAAGAUAGUGAACUAUUAUUUACAGUUGUUUUAAAAGUACCGUGGAUACCACAAUAAAGAGCAUUUUAUGACA